UAUUUUAAAUUGAGAAGUAGUACUAACUCAUAAUUAAGAACACAUUGAUAUCGUUGCAUCAAGGUCGCAAUGUCAGUUACGUAACGAAAUUCAACGAAGUCGGUACUGAGCAGUCGAGUGAUAAAACGGAGAUGGAAUAUAAGAAUUUUCUUGAAAUGGUGAGUGAGACGAGCUGCUCGGGCGAAAACUACUUUCACGAAGCAUGUAAACUUCGCUCAUUGGAUCUUCUUAAAAGGGCGGAAAAGUGGAUGGAUCAACCAAUGGUUUCGCUGUUGACUGAAAGAAACUACAACGGUGAGCAAUGCACUCAUUUAAUCGCCAAGUACAAAGAUUCUGAAGCAAAGGAGAUGAUGUGGUACGUCUUGAAAUUUGGGGCGGAUAUAAACGGCCAGGAAUCGCUCAGUGGUUUCACUCCUCUGCACUUGUGUGUUUGGGAAAGGAAUUACCAGCUCGCUGAAUGGCUGUGUAAGAGACCAGACAUCAAUCUGGAGGCUAUCAACUACGCCGGGCAGACUGCCUAUCAACUUGCCAUAGAACGAGACGACACUCAAUUACAGCAGAUGCUGAAAGCAGCCGGAGCUGAGUGCAAAGUUCCAAGUGAUUUAAAAAGCUGUGUGGAACAGCUAAGUCUUCAAAUAUUGUAACCAACAGUUUAUGUUUAGAAAUCAUAAGUUAAUUUAGGUAGCUAGUUUUGUUUUAAUAUUUUACUAUUGUUUUUUUGUGUUUGUUAAAUUUUAAAGUUGGGAUUAAUUGUAUUUUUAAAUAUCUUAAAGUAGACGUAAGUAGUUUUAAGCCCUUUUGUGGCAAUCAAAAGCAACACCCUACCUCAUUAAAAUAAUUAAAUUAAUCAACGAUGGUAGCUCAAAUAUUGUUGUUAAAAAAUAAAACAAAUGAUAAGCGGCAGGAUGGCCGAGCGGGCUAAGUCAUAAUCCCGUUAGUUCGCUCGCACAUCAUGCCGUGAGGCGAGGGUUCGAGCCGCGACGGUUGUUCGAAUAGUUCCAACACCAACCGUCGAGGGCCGCUCCGGUAGCCGAACUGUACUGGCAUGGGUUUUCUCUGUGGUUUCCCCAUCGCCACUAUUCCAACAACCGAUAGAAAGGGGGUGAAGAAUAGGGUAAAUACAGUACAGAAAGCACAAGUCGGUCCACAGCCGCAGUAAUAAUAAUAAAGAGUUGAGUAUAUAAAUGUGCGAAAAAAUAAGGUUGAUUAUGUAGUGAAAAUACAGGAGCGAAAUGCGACAGCUACCAUCUACCCAGCCUUGUAAAAAUCAAGAACGGUAUACAAGUAAAAAUCGAAAUAAUAAUAGAUAAAACAAAUGUUUUUUAUUGUAAUAUAUUUAAUAAUUAAACGUAUAAAACUUAGUACGAAUUUUAUUUUUUAGACUGAUAAACUUAGUUCUUUUAAACCGUGGCCGUAUCUCAAAAGGACAGCCUUCUAUACACCUUCCACGCAGCAGUUUUCUUUUACCAGAUACUCUUGGCUGGAGCUCUAAACUAGGCUUGAACAGCAAAUCUAUCUCUAAAUAAUCUUCUUGUUUGAGCAGGUUGAAUAAUUGACGGUCUCUCCGGUGAAAAUGUCGGUAAUAAGCAUCAAAAAGAAGAUAGCUCGUACAGUCGGGACAGCGGUCUAUCACCAACCAGAAGCUUUCCUCAUCCAUAGACAGGAAAUACUGCAACGAAGAUAGUCAAUUUAAAUAAGAUAGGAAUACAUCGGUCACAUAUAAAGACAGCUAUGCUGUUUUUACAGACAUACCUCUAAAACAGAAAUAGGUUUUCCUUCCUUUGUAGGUGUUUUAGUUGGCACGGUCCUCAAGAGCCAGACCGUUCUAUUUACACAAUUAUUGGGAUACAUAGCAAAGAACGGAUCAUUCGGUUUUAUCCAGUUAGGUCGCUCAUCACGGUAAAACGUCAUGUUUGUUUUUCCGUAAGUCUGAAAUAAAUAGUCACAAUUAGGAGGUAACAUACACCUAAGAGGCUAACACUUGUUUAAUCUGCUUUGAUGAAUCAUUAACACAGGACUUACCGCA